AUGGCCAAUACAAACUAUACCUCAAUAAACGACAGGGAGCUGUCGUACAUCGAGGUUCCAGAAUAUAAUGAUAAAGAAUUGGUUGGAGGUGAUGACUAUGUCAAGAAUGUGUUCAGAUCUCCUGUCAAAAGAUCACUAAACUAUGUCAAAGGAUUAUUUCCUUUCAUGGAAUGGUUUCCACAUUAUCCAUCACAUCCUGAUUGGAUUCUAUCCGACUUCAUUACUGGAGUGACGGUGGCCAUCGUUUUAGUUCCACAGUCGAUGUCUUACGCCAAAUUAGCAGAGUUGAGUCCUGAAUAUGGUCUCUAUUCUGCUUUUAUUGGUGUGUUCUUCUACUUCAUCUUCGCUACUUCAAGAGAAAUCUGUAUUGGACCCGUGGCAGUCUUGAGUACAGAAGUGGGUAAAAUUGUCACCAGGGUUCAGGCCAAAUAUGGAGAUGAGUUCACAGCAAACGAAAUAGCCACCACGUUGGCCCUCAUCAGCGGAGGUAUCGUUCUCGGUAUUGGCUUGUUAAGAUUAGGCUUUAUUGUUGAGCUUAUCUCAUUACCUGCUAUUUUAGCAUUCACAACUGGUUCUGCAUUCAAUAUUGUCACGGGACAAUUAGCAGGAUUGAUGGGAUACAAGAAUAAGGUCAAGAAAGAAGAUACCACUUAUCUGACCAUGAUACAAUUUUUGAAACAUCUUCCUGAUACAAAAGUAGAUGCUGCCUACGGAUUAGUUGGACUCUUCAUUCUCUAUCUUUGGCAAUUUGUCCUUAAUAAACUUAUCGAAAGGAAUAAACACAAUACAAGGAGAAAGAUGGCAUUCAUCUACUUAUUGAACUUGAGAACUGCUUUUGUGAUCAUCAUUUCAACUUGUAUUUCUUAUGGUAUUUUGAGGUAUCACCCUAAAAAGGAAAAGCCUCCUUACUCAAUUAUAGGUGUCAUUCCUUCAGGUUUGAGACAUGUUGGUAGGUUUGUGCCAAAACCAACGCUAGCCGCUAAGUUAGCCUCUGACAUUCCAAUUUCCACCAUAGUCCUUGUCUUAGAACACAUUUCAAUCUCCAAAUCCUUUGCCAGAAUUAAUGGAUAUAGAGUCAAUCCGAAUCAAGAAUUUAUUGCUAUUGGUUUCACGAAUAUGGUUGGAACCUUUUUUAACGCAUACCCAGUUACUGGUUCAUUCUCAAGAACAGCGCUUUCUGCAAAGUGUGGUGUGAAGACGCCGUUCAAAUCUGCAUUCUCAGGUGGCUGUGUUUUAUUGGCCAUUUAUUGCUUCACGGGAGGUUUCUACUACAUUCCUAAUGCUACAUUAUGUGCUAUUAUUAUUCAUUGUGUUACUGGACUACUUGCAUCUUAUGAUUUGACCGCAAAACUCUAUAUGUUUAGCCCAGUGGACUUCGUCAUUUUCAUUGUGGGUGUUUUCAUUACAGUUUUUGCAAGUAUUGAGGAUGGUAUCUAUUGGGCUAUUUGCGCUUCUUGUGCUACUGUUUUAUGGAGAAUGUUACUUCCGAAUGGUGCAUUCUUAGGCCGUGUCAAAGUUGCAACUAUCAGAAAUCCACUUCUGGUUAAGAAUGCUAGACCUCAGAAUUCCGAGCAGCAGACCGAUUUGGAUUCAGCAAUAGAAGAAGCUAAAGGUGACUCGAAUUCAAUCCAACAGCUCAAAAAUGAUAACGCAGAUGUAACGAGCUUUGUUAAGACAACAGAGGUCGAAACAACGGUAUCGAUUAGUUCUUUGACCUCUUAUCAGUAUAAAUGGGUUCCAUUACCAAACAAUGCCUCAAAUCCAAGCUUUGUGCAUACUAGAUAUGUCAAUGCACAGAUUAACGUUGAGGAUCCUCCUUCAGGAAUCUUAGUUUACAGAGUUUCAGAAAAUUUCAUUUAUACAAAUUGUUCACUCCAAAUUGAUCAAAUAAUAAGUCAAGUGCGAGACACUAUGAGACCUUACAAAAGUGAUAGAGAAAGGUUAUGGUGUGAAUAUACCUGGGAGGAGAAAAACUGGGACUUCAACUUCAAAAAAGCAGACGAAGCAGAUGACGGAACGUUGAAACCAAAACUCAGGAUUCUACAUUUGGAUUUCUCACAGGUAGUAGCGGUUGACUCAACUUCAGUUCAAGCACUUCUUGAUCUGAGGAAGACAAUUAACGACUACUGUGGCCCUGAUUGGGAAAUGCACUUUAGCGGAAUCAUAAAUCCUUGGGUUAUCAGAGGGUUGUUGAACGCAGGGUUCGGUGACAACAGCCCAGAUAAGGCUGAUGACUUGGUGGACGAAUACUUGAAGGAGGAAUUUAGAUCCAUCCCUCUCUGGAAAAAACGUGUCGCCGAUGUUGACGAUGACAGCGAAUUCGAUGAAGAAACAGGGUCGCAAAAAGUAGUUGCUCACGGUGGCGACUUGGAGGUUGGAAUUGCAGAGGAUGGCAAAAUGUAUCCAAUAUUCAGCACUAACCAUCCAAAUUUCCAUGUUGAUAUACCAUCUUACACGGAAUAUAGCUGA